AUGACCUCUAUAAACACUGGGCUGCUCGUCUUUCUUCUAUUAUUCUGUCCUGAUCAAUGGGAUUUCACUGUGAUUACUUAUAUUGGUUUUGCCCAUAAACUCUUUCAUUCCUCGGAUUAUACCCGAAGCGAUGGGCUUCAGGAAAGAGAGACCGAAAUCUACAUGCUGGUCGUCAUCUGGCGUGGCUGGUCUUGUUGCUACUCAUUCCUGCUUCAAGGUACGGCCUCAUGUAUCGUUCCCUUCAAGUUCAUGGGUAUCGGUAUCAUCAAUAUUUUCAUCUUCCCUGUCUCUAGCUUUGAGAAAUCUAGGAUGUCGUUGGUCAAUGUGAGCAGUGUGUCAGCAGAAGCAUAG